UGUCAGCUUCCUACCCCUCUAUAAUCCUUUAGGGGGGCACUGAAGAGUGGUAUCAAAAUAAGAAAGAUAACAAUAAAAUGGAAUGUCCAAAUAGAAUCCCAGCUUCUAUCUUCCAUGUGGAACAGUUGGUAGGAGGAUCCUCUGUGUCCAGAGAUGAGGGCUAUUUCGGCUGUUCCGGAAUGUAUGCUCAAAGAGUUGCGACCGAGUAUGACUGUUCGACAGCGAGAAAUUAUGGAAUCGCUUCUUCGCCUCUCUCCAAAGCGGGAGCACAAUCUCCGACAAACACGGCUCUCAGCGUCUACCAUCAACAUCAUUACCUUUCGCAACUAAAUGCUUUUGGGCCUGAAUAUAAAAAUUCAUCCCAUGUAGCACAGCCUGUUAUCCGACCCCUGUUUCCAUGUUCUUUCCCAUCGGACAGUGUGAAGGAGGACUCAAUGUUCUGCCUAUAUAGCGGAGAUCCAAACGGACGCACGGAUACAGUUGUUGGAACUUGUUCCUCCACCCGGAUGGCUGAGAGACGCCAUCCCAGUCAAACGCACGAACAUUCUUGUCCGGAAUCCUCGACAGCUAACCAACGGUACCUAAGGAAAGAGAAGGCGCAUGGCUUCGAAUCAGAAAGUAUCUUCUCUGUGUCCGGAAUUGAGACAGAUAAUCCAGAACUAUUUAACGACACCUGCGAAACCAAUCAGGAGGCGCAUCAGGCAGUGGCAGACAGUAAACUCGAGGAGAAUCACAGUCCCAUGAAACAACUGCCUGAGAAAGAGAACGUCCUUAAAACGGACGGUAGCACAGACAACUCAGACAGUGAGGUUAAAGGGGACAGAUUGGAGAAUGUCUUCGGAAACUGGCUCACAGCGAAAAGUAGACGGAAAAAGCGUUGUCCUUACACCAAACAUCAAAUCCUGGAACUGGAGAAGGAGUUCUUGUUCAACAUGUAUCUGACGCGAGAGCGCCGCUUGGAGAUCAGCAAGAGUAUUGACUUAUCUGACAGACAGGUCAAAAUAUGGUUCCAAAACCGACGUAUGAAGCUCAAGAAAUUCAACAGGGAGAGUCGAGUGAGAGAGCUAACCUCUGCUUAUGACUAUACUUAAACCUUACAUCUUAUUUGGAGAUAAAUACUUUUACGCGUAAGCUGCACAUACAGGCUAGGCAUGCACACAUACAAGAGAAAACAUCUAGAGCAGGAUAGGAAUUGUAAGCCUUUCAAACAUUUUCACGUUUUUUUCGAGCCCAUGCAUGGUUUUAUGAAAAAUGUAAGUUUCAUGAUUUGACAGUGAAAUGCUAUGAUGCUCUAAAGAUGCACAUUGUUUCAAAGGCUGGAUAUUAAAGUGGCACUCCAGACUCCUUUUCACCUCAUUUAACACCUGAUGUAGUUAACAAAAGGCACAUCUCAAUAGGUGGUUCAGGUAUGUCAUGAAAUACAUAGCAAAAGUGUGUGUGUGUGUGGGGGGGGGGGGGCUUUCCUCUUUUCUUCUCUAGUGCUCCUCUAUUGUUCCUCAAGCAGGGGGAUGCCGAUGACAUCACGAAUUUCCAUCAGACCAACUCCUUGAAUGCCCUACUUGCGGUUAUGUCUAAAAAACAUUAUUUUGCUCAAAAGUUUUUUAACCUGGGGUGUACUUUACUGUAUUUAUACUUGGGAUAUCGCUUUUCAACAGUAAAGUUUACAAAAAUCACGAAAGGAAGUCUUUAAUUGUUUGUGAAAUGUGUCUUAAAGUGACAGCCCUGUGUCUGAAAUGGUUUCCAUGCACUUUUAAUGAAAACGUGUCAUUACUUUGUCUCUUCCUUUUCAUCAUUUCUGUUCUUAUUGUUUUGUGUUUGAUUAUUUUGUCAUUUCUGUGAACUUGUGCAUUACAGCAUCAAAGUGCAUUAACUUCUAAAGCAUUAUCCCAAUAAUUAUGUUGCUGGACAUUUGUAAAGAUAUCAAAUAAAUGGGUUUGGAGCAUCA